ACCUCGAUGCUGAAAAUCAUCACAAAACAACAGGGAAACACCGGCAUCAUCACAGGAAACCAUCCACUCUUGACAAUCGACCUGAGUGGAACAACGUAUAUUUUCGAUACAAAAAUCGAUGGCUACGAUGACGUGGAUGAGAACGGCCGUUAUCGUCGUCGUGGAGUCGAGCUGAAUCGUGCAAAGACGAAGGCUGAGCAGGUAUAUCAAAAUCUUUCGUAG